AAACACUGCCGGUUACUGGUGCCGUUUCCUCCGGUAACGCCGGAAAACCCAGAGCUCCCCGUUAGCCCGGUCGUUGUAGCCAUGCCGGGGAAAAAAGCCUCCAAGGUGAAGCGCGCGAAAGGCGGGAAAGGAAAGAAGGACAGCAAGAACGUACCGAAAGCGGACAAAGAGUCGGACGUCGAGACGGCCCGAGCGAACGCUGCUCUGUGGGAGCUGAGGUUAAAGGUCACCGAGCAGGACGUGGCGGAGUACCGCGAGGAGAGCCACAAGUUGGCACGCGCCAACGAGCAGCUGACCUCUCAUCUGUACCGCGCGGAGAAGAGCUCCGUGGAUUUGACCGGCUACUGGGAAAAAGAAGUAGCGUCCAAAGAAAAGAAGGUCGGUAAGUCUCUGCGGGAGUGCGCCAACGGGAUCAGCGCGCUGCAGGAGAGCCUCAGAAAACAAGAGGCACUGGCACUGGAAGAGAGGAACAAAGUGGCCAGAGACUUCAGCCGCAUGCAGGACAAAAUGAGGGAAAUGGAGGAACGGGAAGCCCAAAUGGAGCAGGAACUCGGCGAUAUGAAAGAAAGCAUGGCAAUUGCGGACAAAGACUACAGAGAACACCUAAAUAAUUUGAGAGAAAACUUCCGCAAGGAAAAGGAAUGCCUGGAAACAGAGGUAAUGCAACGUUGCAAAACAGAGAUAGCUGUGUUGAAACUGGACCACCGUGAAGCCAUUGCGAAGUUGGAAGGUGCCUUGCACGAUGCCUUCAAGAAGCACGAUCAGCUUAAUGAAUCAUUAAGAAAAACUACGAAGGAGGCAGAAGACCUUAAAAGACUGGCACACACACUGUCUCAGGAUAACAACUCGCUGGGUGUUGAAAGGGACUUGAUUGAGUCAAUGUUAAAGAAGACUGACGCCCAGCUGGAGUGGAAAAAAAAGAAGUUUUCUGAGCUCAGGGUAAAAGUCACUGCCCUGGAGGAGGCCCUGGAGCUGAAAGAGGAAAAACUUGAGCAACAGGACAAGCAGGCGAAGAUAAGCCUGGUCACCAUCCAGGCCAGCCAGGUAGAGUUGGAGAAACUGCAGAAAUCCCUCGCCGUGCGAGAUAAGGAGAUGCUGCACGUGAAGCAGCUGGCAAGCGCCAUCGUAAAGAAGAGAACAGAACUGGAGGAGUUCUUCCACGAGGUACUGGAUCACGUGAGGCAGGAGAUUGUUGCCAACAGAAUUCAGUACAAAAAGGAGGCACUGCAGGAUUAUCGUCAGAGGUUUAGGGAGGCCACAGCAGGAAAGAUAAAGUUCCCACCCAUCCGCACCUUCCAUAAAAGUCCUUACAGUACCAACUCUGUCUAUUCAGACAUGGAGGCCACGUCACAAUGGUCGCAUCGCUCGACAAGUGAAGUUCAAAUGUCAGAUCUUUCUUGGGAGCAGAAGGAACAAGUGCUCAGCCUUCUCUUUGCUAAAAUGAACGGACUGCAGGAAAGGUAAUACAUCAUGCUAGUAACUGGCGUUUGACUUAGCAGAAGCUUUGCCGAUUGUUUUUACCAACUGACUUCAUCCCAGAUAAAACAUUAAAAUCCAAUUGUGGUCCUUUAAGAAGAACACGGAAACAUUUGCAUCUAUCAACUCUGAUAAACUGAGUGCAGUGACAGCAUGCAGUUAGCCCAGGCUGAACCUCUGCUGACUCCUCCCUCUUUUUAAUGUUUUAAACAGCCAUUUUCUCAGUAGAAGAGGAUACCAUAAAACAUAAGUUAGGCUUCAACCAAUUUACUUUUCCAUCCAGCUGCUUAAAAAGAAUGAAGAAAGAGUCUGGGCACAAUAGUAAAAAUAGGCCCAGCCACAAAGUCGUGUGCUUGGAAACAAACAUCUGGUCACGUCGAUUUUCUUUCAGCCUAUUGGUCUUUCACGUGCACCAACAGUUUAUUUUGUUCUUUGAACACUUGUGGUCAGAGGGCAGCUGGUAACAUGAUUUUCAGAAAAAGAAAAAAAAAAAGUGAGCAGGGAAUCUGGAUGUAUGGUACAAAGCAGGCAAAAGGAGAAGUAUAUUCAUGUUUGCAGUGGUCUGGCACCUAGUCCAGCAGAAUAACACGGAACAUUUGGCAAGUGAAGACAGUUGGUAAGCAGCAUCCAAAUCCGUGUGCAUUGUGUUGACCCAGAAUAACCUCUAUAAGGCAAGAUACCGGAAUGAGCAAAAAGACACCAGUGUGCUAUAAAACAUGCUUCUUCACUGCAGCAUCCUGUAUUUAACUGCAACUCUGCAUUUCCUGAUAGGGCCGUUGGCCAGCAUCUGGUUUUGCGUGCCUCCACGGAGAAACAGAAGAGCCUCAAUGACACCGAUGUUGCCGAGUAAGACACAAAAAGAGUGGACGGGAAUAAAAGUUUUACCUCAUCCUUGCAAUUUAGAAGCCUGCUCAGAUUUAUUGGUCCCACAUUGCAUGUAUAGCUGAAAAAGCAGCAGCUGUGAGAACGAAAGUGCCUACAUGUGAUUUAUCAAGAUGGCUGCAUUUUUGUGUUGCAUAAUGAGGACUGUCUUCCAGAAUUAAAGAGAAGCUCGGCUCAACGACCAUCCAUUCCACUCCAUUCUGCCCUCAACCCCAAACAACCUUCCGGAUAUACACACCAUGUGACCUCAGUGCAGCCUCAACAUCCAACAUCACACUUUAAACUGUUUGCCUUUGCUUUUUUUGCAGUGAUGAACACAGAAGAAUACCAGAUGUGUGAUUGUGCUUAUUUAAAACACUUUACCAUUCAUAUAUCCAUGGCGUGUCAGCAUUUCGUUUCAUGUUUGAAGCUCGUUUGAAUUUCUCUCCCUAUUGUCCAGAAGGGCUGUACCUCCAUUACGUUCUAAAUACAACCUCAAAACAUCCACUGUUUGUGGCCACAGUAGCCAUCACUCAUGAGGCUUAAAGACACAAGAUUUUUAGGGCUGAUGUUAUAUUUCAGGAACUGAUGUUGGUUCUAUAAUGCUGCCUCAAUGGUACAGAUCUUUUGUACUUAAAUCCACGACAGUGGUGUCGAUAUAUACAGAUGUAAUAUAAAGUCUUCAAGAGAGGUGCUGGUAUUUAUAUACUAUUCUUAAUAAACAAAUACUUUAAAUCUUUUUUCAUCAGACUGAAGCUCGCCUCAGUGGCUUUUAAGAGGAUGGAUUGUUUAUCGUCCCAUUGUUGGCAUGGUAACAGCAGGACUUUUCAAGGUGGCAUCUUCAGCUUUCCACUGUGAGGUGACAGUUUUGAUUUGAGUGUAGAACUUGAUUACUUGUUUCCCGUAGAAGUUCAUGUCUCCUCUGAAAGAUCCUCUUGAGCCGGUGAAGGAGAACAUUGGCAGAGGUACAGGGAUGGGUACGUUGACUCCAACCUGGCCCACGUCCACUUCGUGAGUGUAUUUGCGUGCUGUGGCACCAUUUGUGGUGAAGAUGGCUGUGCCGUUGCCAUAAGGGUUAUUGUUGACCAAAUGGAUGGCGUCAUCGAGAGAGUCUGCCUCAAGAACGAUCAGCACUGGUCCGAAGAUCUCCUCAGUGUAGCACUUCAUGUCAGGGCUGACACCGCCGAUGAUGGUAGGCCCCACAAAGUUCCCGUUCUCGUAACCCUUGACCUUGACGCUUCGGCCAUCCAGGAGCAGCUUUGCUCCCUCGUCCACACCGCUCUGGAUCAGACUGCACACUCUCUCCUUGGCCUGCGGGGAAAUCAGAGGCCCCACAUCUGCGCCGGGCUCAUCUCCUAGCAGGACCCCCCCAAGCCCUUGGCACGCUCCACCAGCUCCGGCAGCCAGCUCCGCGCCUCGCCCACCAGGAUGGCCGUGGACAGAGCCAUGCAGCGCUGCCCCGCCGCCCCGAACGCUGCGCCCACAAGCUGGUUCAGAGUGUUCUCCUUGUUGGCAUCGGGCAUCACCACACCAUGGUUCUUGGCGCCCAUGUUGGACUGAACCCUUUUGCCAUUUUUGGAGCCCCUCUCAUAAAUAUAUUCUCCAGCUUGAUUGGACCCCACAAAGCUGAUGGCCCUGAUAGCCGGGUGGUCACAGAUGAAAUUCACAGCGUCAUGUUGACCAUGUAUAAUGUUUAGGGAACCGUCCGGGGCGCCGGCGUCCUGCAGCAUCUUGGCCAGCAGCAUGGUGCAGGUCGGGACCCGCUCGGAAGGUUUCAGCAGAUAGGUGUUGCCACAGACCAUCCCCAUGGGAAACAUCCACAAGGGGAUCAUGGCGGGGAAGUUGAAGGGGGCGAUGCCGGCGCACACCCCGAUGGGCAUCCGGUAGGUGUAAGUGUCCAUGUCUUUGGUGAUGGAGGGCAAAGUCUCACCAAGCAUCAGCGAGGUGACGCUGCACGUAUGCUCCACAACCUCUGCAGUCCUCUGAACACAUCCCCCUCCGCAUCUGCAAGUGUCUUGCCCUGUUCGACUGUGAUAGACUUGGCGAGUUCUUUAAUGUUGUCUUUGAUAAGCUGCUGAUAGCGCAGAAAGAUCUGCUGCCGAGCCAAGAUGGAGGUCUCGGACCAGGAGCGGUAGGCUCUGGAGCACGAAUCCACGGCAGCUACCAUCUCCUCCUGAGUGGCCUUGGGUACGCGGGCAAUCACCUCAUUGGUCGCCUACAAUGGAAGAAGACUGCCAUUCUGAGGACUUGGAUUCAACAAAUUUCCCAUCGAUGAAAAGCUUAACCGUCGUCGGCUUUGAGGAGGAGUAGCACACACGGCCCACUUUAAGAGGAACCUUGGUCCUCAGCACUGAUCUGAGAGCUGUUGUCGCCAUGGUGUGAAAACGACGUCCCGGUCUGACCAACUCCACAGGUAGCACCGCGGCCACUAGCGGACUGCCCUCAGGACCCUCAUUCAGAUCAACCACGUGAGGGCGGGCUCUGAGGAGAGCUCAGGGCCGCGAUUGGCUGAGCCCUCUCACUCCUGUUAGCAGGCGCAUCUUGAUUGGUCACCUUGGAGCGUUUUUUCUGUCCAAUCGUUAUCUUACUUACUAUAUAAUCCCGCCUCAGUUACGUAAAACGACUGACCAUUGGUUAAAAAAACACCGUUAACAAGUAGUUUAUUUUUUGUAAUCAGGAAGUUAUGUAACUUUGAGCUGAACUGUGACCGGGAGCGCCGCUAAACAGAACCCAGUGUCAUUUAACUGUCUCUCUGAGCAGAAAUAUGCAGAUUUGACCUUUUUUGUAAUCUUAGAGCUCGAGACUUUGCUCUGAAAUAUGCUGAGCGUAACCAACGACCGUUGAGAGAUAUAAAAGAUCAAAUUACCCUGAAAAUAAGUAAAUAAAUUUGAGCAGCAAUGCACCUGACGUUAGGCUGUCUCGCAAAGCCUGUUCUUUAUGGAUACUUCCGAAGCUCCUGCUCCUGGAGGGUCCGCAUUGCUUUUGCUCUUAAGGGCAUCGAAUAUGAGCAGUCUCCUGUCAAUCUAAUCAAAGAUGGAGGUCAGCAGGUGUCAGAGCAGUACAAGGCAGUGAACCCCAUGCAGCAAGUGCCUGCUGUGACAAUCGAUGGCAUCACCCUCUCUCAGUCAUUGGCUGUGGUCCAGUACAUCGAUGAAACCAGGCCGGGACCUCGCCUUCUCCCAGUGGACCCGAAGGCGCGGGCUCAGGUUCGCAUGAUAAGCGAUCUGAUCGCCUCUGGGAUCCAGCCCCUACAGAAUUUGUACGUGAUCCAAAAAAUGGGAGAGGAGAAGGUGCAGUGGGCACAACACUUCAUAAAUCGUGGUUUUCAAGCUUUGGAACCAAUUCUGAAGCAAACAUCAGGAAAAUUCUGUGUGGGCGAUGAGAUUUCUAUGGCAGACAUCUGUCUGGUCCCGCAAGUUUACAAUGCAGAAAGGUUCAAAGUGGACGUGGGGCAGUAUCCGACCAUCAAAAGGUUAAACGAGACCCUAGUUGAGGUUGAGGCUUUCAAAGUGAGCCACCCGCUUUGCCAGCCGGACACUCCUGCUGAACUACGUACGUGAAACGGCAGCUUGACACGUGUGCGGUGUUGAAAUAAAGAGCGUUGAGAACAGUCUUGUUUCUGCUGAGUGGUUUUAAAUAA